AAGACCAGAAAGUAAACGGAAACAAUCCAUGUGCUAACAUGGCGAUUUCCCAUCAUUCUUCACGAGUCGUUUGAUAAUCAUUGCGUGGCUGUUAUGGGAAUAUACUAUAUCAAGCCUGUAUUUAUUGUUUUUUAACAUAUUUUCUUUGUUUUAUGAAAAAUAAUUACAUUGUGUAAGGAUGAGUGUUGACGCGUACGGUCCGAGUUCGCAAACGCUCACGUUUCUUGAUACCGAGGAGGCUGAUCUUAUCGGAGCUGAUACUCAAGGCUCAGAGUUUGAGUUUACCGAUUUUACUUUACCUUCCCAAAGUCAAACGCAAACAUCUCAGCAUGAUCAUGGUCUGACUACCUCGCAUCAGGUUAACGGCUUGGGGCGCUCAGAAUUAACUUCUAAAGUUUCUAGUGUCACUAACGCAAUAGCAGAAUUGCAAUUUGAAGAAGAAGAUGAAGCACUAUAUAGCAGCAAGGAACUCCCGGACCAUGCAUGCAAAUAUUGUGGAAUUCAUGACCCUGCCACGGUCGUCAUGUGCAACAUAUGUAACAAAUGGUUCUGCAAUGGACGAGGUAACACCUCUGGCUCUCAUAUCAUCAAUCAUCUGGUGAGAGCCAAACACAAGGAAGCGGCGUUGCAUCGUGAUGGACCUCUGGGAGAGACCCUGCUUGAAUGCUACUCAUGCGGUGCCCGAAAUGUGUUUGUCCUGGGCUUUAUUCCUGCUAAGGCUGACUCUGUUGUUGUCUUACUGUGCCGCCAACCAUGUGCUGCUCAAAGCUCUUUGAAGGAUAUGAACUGGGAUCAGGAGCAGUGGAAACCUUUGAUUUCUGACCGUGCUUUCUUAUCCUGGCUGGUGAAGGUACCCUCUGAAGCUGAGCAAAUGAGAGCUCGUCAGGUGACACCGCAACAAAUAGGUCGUCUAGAAGAGCUAUGGCGCGACAACGUUGACGCGACGUUCCAAGACCUGGAGAAACCUGGGGUGGAUGAAGAACCUCAGCAGGUUUUGUUGAGAUACGAGGAUGGAUACCAAUAUCAGAACAUCUUUGGCCCACUUGUCAAGCUGGAGGCAGAUUAUGACAAGCGUUUAAAGGAGUCCCAAACUCAAGAAGGCAUCGAAGUGCGUUGGGACGUGGGUCUGAACAAGAAGACCAUAGCAUACUUCACUUUGGCAAAGACGGAUAGUGAUAUGAAGCUCAUGCAUGGAGAUGAAUUAAGAUUGAGAUACGUGGGUGAGCUGCACAAGGCGUGGGCAGGUGUGGGCCACGUGAUCAAGGUGCCCGACAACUACGGCGACGACGUCGGCCUCGAGCUCAAGAGCGGCGCCGGCGCCCCGCUCGACUGCACCUCCAACUUCAACGUCGACUUCAUAUGGAAGAGCACCAGCUUUGACAGAAUGCAACUGGCGCUCCGCAAGUUCGCGGUGGACGACUCGUCGGUGUCGGGCUACAUCUACCGGCGGCUGCUGGGCCACGAGGUGGAGGAGGUGCUGUUCCGCGUGCACCUCCCCAAGCACUUCAGCGCGCCUCACUUGCCUGACCUCAAUCGCUCGCAGGUUUAUGCUGUAAAACACGCGCUCCAACGUCCACUUUCGCUUAUCCAAGGGCCUCCCGGAACUGGAAAAACUGUUACAUCAGCGACCAUCGUCUACCAACUUGUGAGGCAAAACGGAGGCCCCGUUCUCGUCUGCGCGCCUUCCAAUACCGCCGUUGACCAACUCACUGAGAAGAUACACAGAACUGGGUUGAAAGUUGUCAGAUUAUGCGCCAAAUCCCGUGAAGCUAUGGAGUCUUCGGUUUCAUUCUUAGCCCUACAUGAGCAAGCUCGCGUACUAGGCUCCGCUGAUAGUGAACUACGGAAAUUGACUAGACUCAAAGAAGAAGCGGGAGAAUUGUCUGCAGCUGAUGAGAGAAGAUAUCGCGCUUUACGCCGCGCCGCUGAAAGAAGACUGUUAGACGCCGCAGAUGUUGUCUGUACCACUUGCGUGGGCGCUGGAGACCCGAGAGUGGCUCGAAUGAGAUUCCAAUCUAUCCUUAUUGAUGAAGGCAUGCAGUCUACCGAACCGGAGUGCAUGGUGCCCGUUGUACUAGGAGCUAGACAACUUAUCCUUGUAGGAGAUCAUUGCCAGUUGGGACCAGUCGUUAUGUGCAAGAAGGCGGCUAAAGCCGGCCUCAGCCAGAGUCUUUUCGAGCGUUUGGUCGUGCUCGGUAUCCGUCCUUUCCGACUUGAAGUACAAUAUCGUAUGCAUCCGGAAUUGUCACGUUUCCCAUCCGAUUUCUUCUAUGAGGGCUCCCUUCAAAAUGGCGUUAGUGCAGAGGAGAGACGCCUUCUAAAAAUUGAUUUCCCAUGGCCGCGCCCUGAUCGCCCGAUGUUCUUCUAUGUGACUCAAGGUCAGGAAGAAAUUGCUGGGUCUGGAACAUCGUACUUGAAUAGGACUGAAGCUGCUAAUGUUGAAAAGUUGACAACACGCUUUUUGAAAGCCGGUGUGCGUCCCGAGCAAAUCGGAAUCAUCACGCCUUACGAGGGACAACGCUCUUAUCUGGUACAGCAUAUGCAAUAUCAAGGAAGUUUGCAUGCUAAACUGUAUCAAGAGAUCGAAGUUGCCAGCGUAGACGCGUUCCAGGGUAGGGAAAAGGAUAUCAUCAUCAUGUCGUGCGUUCGCUCGAACGAGCACCAAGGAAUUGGAUUUUUGAGCGACCCUCGCCGAUUGAACGUAGCUCUGACGCGUGCCAAAUACGGGCUCAUAGUAGUCGGCAAUCCGAAAGUGCUCAGCAAACAGCCAUUGUGGAACCAUCUUCUAGCGUUCUACAAGGAGCGCCGCGUGCUAACUGAGGGUCCUCUGUCGAACCUGAAGGAGUCCGCGAUACAGUUCGCGAAGCCCAAGAAGCUGGUGAACGCUCAGAACCCGGGGUCGCACUUCAUGUCGACGUCGAUGUUCGACGCCCGCGAGGCGAUGGUGCCCGGCUCCGUCUACGACCGCGCGCGGCCGCCGCGCGACCCGCUGGCCUACGUGGGCCCCGAGCGCGCCGCGCUGCUGCACGCCGCCGUGCCGGCCGCCGCCUUCGCCGCGCACCGCGCGCUGCGCCCGCCGCCCGCCGCGCGCGCCCGCCGCCGCGCCGCGCGCCUCUCGCAGGAGCCGCUGUCGCAGCAGGCGGCGGCGCUGUCGCUGUCGCAGGGCGCGUCGCAGCCCGACUUCAGCCAGGAGUCGGGCGCGCCGGACUGCCCGUCGCAGCCGGACGGGCUGCUGUCCCAGGACUCGUCGUUCCAGGGCGGGUUCCGCGCGCGCCAGUACUGAGCUCGCACGACGGCGCCCCGCGGGCGGCACCAGCGCACCCCUCCGCGACCUCCGGAGCGACACGCGGCGAGGACUCCCUGCCGGACGAGGUAAAUUCUUCGUAUAUGUUACAGGGAUAGAAAAACGUAGAUAACGCAACAUGAACUCUAUGGGCCGGAAUUGUCUGACGGAUCGAAGACUGACGCGCGACAUGCGAGCGGACGUCUGUAGAUUUCAUAGUCGAGCAUGUUAAAUUUAACUAAAAAUUGACCGACGAAAAUGCAACAAACGUUUACAUCGUGAACUCGUUUUACGUAAGCGUUCUUGACUAUUUCAAGAAACAAUAGAAUUAUUGAGUGUUGAAAUCGCAUUCUUUCACCUUAUGACAUUUUGUUUUCAAUUUAGAACAACGAAAAGAUUGGCUAAAUCUUUACUCACUAUACCUAUCCUACUUAUUCGUUUUUGACCUUCAAACGGCUUUCUCACAUCAACUCUCAUCAUCCUAAAUGAAAUAAUUAUUCCUUUUAUUUUUUAACGUCAAACCUUCUAAAUAACGAAAGUACAUAUUUUGUUUAUUAGGCUGAAAUAUAUUAAUAUUCUCGAUAUGUCUUUUUAUCAUAGGCUUCACAAUUUUUCCAUUUCACAUUGAGGUAUCAGUGUCAGAUCUAAACUGGUAGUAAUAAUGUUUAACAUAAACGACUACUUAAUUGUUUUUCCUUCUCAGAAUUAUGUUACUUUAAACUAAUUCAAGUGCAAUUUUAGAAUAAACGCUGCAUAAUAAAACCUCAUCAAUAGUUUUACUUCGGAUCAGUUAUAAUUUAAAAUAUUUGUUCUUACUCUUAUUUUACGUGAUUGUAUUCUUUCCAAAUUUUAUAUAUUUUGUUAUAUCAAUUUUAAAAAACUUACUGAUGCCUUUUUCUUUGGAACACUGUGAGAGAAUUUAAAAGCAUUUGGCGCUACGUACAAGAGAAUGAAUUUAAUUCAUCAGUUGUUGUAAGAAUUAUGUUAUUGUAAAACCCAAUUUUUAUAUCUAAAUCUUAGUCGUUUAGUUAAGGAAUUAAGAGUAUUUUUUUUUCAGAUUUUUGAAUCUAUACUGUUAUCUUCUGGUAAUCUUAUUUAUUUUUGUGAAGGGAAAUCAAUAAAGAAUCUGUCAUGAAGUA